GUGGGGGGGAGAGAAGGGGGAUGGUGUAGUGCUGAGAAAUAGCAGCGACGGCUCGGGGAUUGCAAAGAUGGGGGCUCAUCUGGCUCGUCGGUAUCUCUGGGAUGCCGAAGUGGAGCCUGAUCCGCAGAAUCUGCCGACCUUCGACAGCAAAUACGGCUUUCCGGAGCGUAAAGAACGCGAGAUGAUAGCAACACAGCACCAGAUGAAUGAUGCCCAGCUUCCUCUGCAACAGCGGGACUAUUGUGCCCAUUAUCUCAUCAAGUUGAUGAAAUGCAAGCGUGACAAUUUUCCCAAUAUUUUUGCGUGCAAACAUGAGCGCCAUGACUGGGAUUAUUGUGAGCACCUGGACUAUGUCAUGCGCAUGAAAGAGUUUGAACGGGAGAGACGCCUCCUGGCUAGAAAGAAGCGCAUUGAACAAAAGGAGAAAGCAGCAGCGGCAGAAUCGUGACCGACUUCGGGGUGCCUCUCCAGGCUUCUUUUACUCGAAGCUUGUAUAAUUCUCUCGGUCUGUUACGUUGGAAAAUAAACCUUAUAUUUAGA